CAUGUAAGACUAACAGAGAAGAGUUCAUCCUCUGAGGUUCACACAGUUGAAACACAACCUACCCAUCUGGAGGCACCACUGAGACGCUCUGCUGGUGACUUUGGACUGCGAGUUUCAUCAGCUUCAACCAUGGUGCAGGAGUACCAGUCCCCUGUCCGGGUCUACAAGCACCCGUUUGAGUUGAUAAUGGCGGCCUACGUGAGGAGGUUCCCGAAGUGCCCGUUGAUCCCAGUGUUCAUAGACAGUGAGAUCAUCAGCCAGACUGAGAAUGAAGACGGUUCGGUGGUUGUAACUCAGAGACGCUGCACGAUCGAUGUUGAGGCCCCUCGACUUCUCAAACGGAUUGCCGGUGUGGACUAUCUGUAUUUCACCCAAAAGAACACCCUGAACCGCAGAGACAGGUCGCUCCGUAUCGAAGUCCGCAACGAGACUUUCUCCAACAGGGUCAUUGUUUAUGAGUGCUGCAGCUACUCGGUUCAUCCAGAAAAUGAGGAGUGGACGUGCUUUGAGCAAACAGCUAGCCUGGACAUUAAGUCAUUUUUUGGGUUUGAAAGCACAGCAGAGAAGCUAGCUAUGAAACAAUAUGCAAGUAAUAUUAAAAAGGGUAAAGAAAUAAUUGAGUACUACCUCAGAGAGCUGGAGGGGGAAGGAGUAACUUACAUACCGCGUUGGACUACCCCUGUCAAGUCCUCCAGUGUUUGUGGGCCGCCCCGGCUGCCGCCCCCCUCUAAUGCCAGGGCCAUCCCAGGGAACAGCAGCAAGGAUGGGCUGCUUGGCAGAGAACCGGGGUGUCCUGCGGAUCUGUUGGCUGGUUCCCCAGAUGACAAGUUGGAUGCUGAUUACAUCAGACGUUACCUUGGUGAUUUAACGCCUCUGCAGGAGAGCUGUCUUAUUCGACUACGGCAGUGGCUGCAGGAGACACACAAGGGCAAGAUUCCAAAGGAUCAGCACGUGCUGCGCUUCCUCAGGGCCAGAGAUUUCAACAUCGACAAGGCCAGGGAGUUCCUGUGCCAGUCUCUCACCUGGAGGAAACAGCACCAGGUGGACUUCCUGUUGGACUCCUGGAGCAGCCCACAGCUGCUUCAGGAUUAUUUCACUGGAGGAUGGCACCACCAUGACAGAGAUGGCCGCCCUCUAUACGUGUUGCGUCUGGGUCAAAUGGACACAAAGGGCUUGGUGCGAGCUUUGGGAGAAGAGAUGCUGCUGAGACAGGUCCUGUCCAUCAACGAGGAGGGACUGAGGCGCUGCCAAGAGAACACCAGAGUCUUUGGUCGUCCCGUAAGCUGUUGGACAUGCCUGGUGGAUCUGGAGGGUCUAAACAUGCGUCACCUGUGGAGACCAGGAGUUAAGGCUCUGUUGAGAAUAAUCGAGGUGGUUGAGGCCAACUACCCCGAGACUUUGGGUCGCCUGCUCAUAGUGCGUGCACCCAGGGUUUUUCCUGUUUUGUGGACCUUGGUCAGCCCCCUGAUUGAUGAUAACACUCGGAAAAAAUUCCUUGUUUAUGCUGGAAAUGACUACCAGGGUCCAGGAGGCUUGGUGGAUUAUAUUGACAGGGAGAUCAUCCCCGAUUUUCUUCACGGGGAGUGCAUGUGUGACAUCCCUGAGGGGGGUUUGGUCCCCAAAUCUCUGUACAGGACUGCAGAGGAACUGGAGAGUGAAGAAAAUUGCCUGUUGACUGACUCCAUCUAUAAGAGUGCCAGCAUCUUUAAGGGAGCCCCCUUUGAGAUGCUGAUCGAGAUAGCAGAGGCCUCCUCUGUCAUCACCUGGGACUUCGAUGUGUCUAAGGGAGAUGUGAUCUUCAACAUUUACCACUCCAAAAGAGCCCCUCAGCCUCAAAAGAAGGACACUCUGGCAGCUCACGGCAUCCCCUCCCUCGGAGCUUUUAACACCCAGUUCAUAGAUAAGAGCUGGGUGUUGGGCCAGGACUACAGCAUGGUGGAGAAAGGCCACACCUGCAGGGAGGGAGAGAGUGUCCAGGGUUCCCACAUAACACGCUGGCCUGGCUUCUACAUCCUCCAGUGGCGCUUCCACAGCUCCACGGCCGGCGCCGCCUCCAGCCUGCCUCGUGUGGACGACGUGCUGGCCUCCCUGCAAGUGUCCUCCCACAAAUGCAAGAUCAUGUACUACACCGAGGUUCUGGCUUCACAUGACUUCAGGGGGUCCAUGACCAGUCUGGAGUCUUGUCAGAGCGGUUUCUCACAGCUGAGUGCAGCUACCACCUCCUCUAGCCAAUCUCACGCCGGCUCCACGAUUUCGAGGUAGCAUCAGUCCAGCAAGGCAAUGGUGCCAGAAGUUCACCAACUACCUGCUCUGCCUUCAGGGACACUUGUUUUGGUCUCUUUGAUGAACACUUUUAACCUCAUAUAACGGGUGAAAGACAGAAAGUCGUAAGUAUGAUUUUGAGGGGAGCUGUGAAUGAAUAAUGUUAUUACAUAGUAUUAUGAAUUAUAAAGUAGUAUAAACUAAAAAGAAAAGACUUGAAAAAAAAAAAGGAAAUUGAAUCUUGUGGUGCUGCUAUCUUUGUCCACAUGAUGUCAGUGUUCUCUGUGACUAGAGCCGCUCGGUUCUGCUCUGUGCUCAGCUCAGUUAACACACAUCUCAUUUGGACUUUUCAAAAUCAGAGGAUGCAUUGAAAUAAAAACAUUCUUUUAGUGUUGCAUACUGAUGUGGUCUGUGUGCAUCUUUGUACCAAAUGUUUUGCAUAUGGGCUUUAAUAUGAGUGCUGAUUGAAGAGGGAACGGCAAACACUCAUACCUAUUAUCAAAAAGGAAAGACAAUAACUAUAUCAUAUAGCACACAACCUGGAUUUCAUGUGAUUAUGUUGUUUUGUUUAUAUUUUUGUGCUUGUUAGGCGUAGCUGCUGAGUUUUCUGAGGCAGCUAAUUUGAAUGCAAUAUAGUGCAGCCCCUUGUGAUCUGGCGCGGGACCAGGCAGACAACUGAUUUACAUAAAACUUUAAUUUCCAUAAACUUAUCAGAUGCUUCCAGCUAAAGCUUAAUUUAAUUUUUCCGUGCACCCCCCCCUCUGUGUGCAAACUUGUGGCAUAUUUCUGCUCAUCGGAGUGCAAUUUAAGAUCAGGUGGGUUGAGUAUUGAGGGGCUGACUGAGUAGGAGCCUUACUUCCUGCUGGCAUGCCAUGAUCCUGGAGAGAGGAUGAGCAUGGACCCUGCCUGAGGCUAACAACCUCUUUAGACCUGUGUUGUUCACGUAUACAAUAGCAUUGUAUAGCUCACAGUUAUGACAGUUUAUCCCAGCUUGGUCAGCCUCUCAGUCAAAACCAAACUUGUGACAUAGCAUCCAAGGAAUCAUCAAUGUUUUUUAUAUGCUUCGUAUAAAAUGGGCACAUAAAAUGUUUUCAUCCAUAUUCUUCAAGCCCGAUAUUCAUCCAUCAAGAUAGAUAAACAUCAGUAUUAACCAAAUAUUGUCCCCGCAGUGGAACUUUGAACAUCUCAUCCCAUGAGGAACAUCAAAUGACGAAGACAAUUGUUCAUUUUAUGAAAAUAAUGAUCUCAUCUGUCCCAUUUCUGCCACCAUAACAGUGUUAACAAUCAGUACACAUCUGAGAACUAAAAAUGUCAGCAGCUGAACCUUUUGCGGAAGAAUAUUGUCUGAUUCUUGUCUGAUUGAGGAUCUUAGCAGGACAGAGUCCUGAGUCUUUGUAUUCUAAAGGACAUAAUGCCCAGUACUUGCUGAGAGAAUAUGUGACCUUGUUUAUUUGACAGUUUUCUGCUUUGCCUUGGUUUGUUUUAAAUAAGCUUUGGUCCGUAGAAAUGGCACUCUUUUUGGAUCGUGUUCACAAACAGACUCCUGUUCCAGGCCAUUUAGGCCACUGUGCAUGUGCCGAUCUUGACAGCAUCCUGUUGAGGAGGUCUACUUCAUUAGCAUCAGAUGAAUCAGGUGGGGAACAUCUAAACCCUGCGGGGCAGUGAAGCCUGAGGACUGGAACGGGGUGACGCUGACAUGUGGCCUCUUAUUUUGCAUGAUAGAGCUUUAACCUGCAUUUAGAUGGCGCAGUGAUCUGUGCUCACAGACAAUUAUUUCUGGAAGGGAGCCUGACCCCAUGCAGUGAUUAUACAUAAUAGCAUCAUGGCUGUUUUCAAUGCUGCCCUGCCUGAGGACCCUAAGACCAUGGUCAUCCGUUAUUGACUUUCAACUUUUUCCCUUGUGUCUGUGUUCAGAUGAAUUGACUAUUUUGAUGCUAUUUAUUAAAUAUGAUUUUUGUCCUUUUUACUGAUAUGUUGUCAAUCAUUCUGAUUAGUUGUUUUUCGCUAUUUACUAGACUAGCCUUACAUUGGUUCUCUUUUGAAAUUGGUUGUGGCAUACUGGUACUAUCAAAUAAUCAAAUUAAAAAGGAACCAAGGCUUUUCACAAUUGCCACUUUACAAAAUGUGUUUUCUAUAUUCUGUU